AUGGAGGGAGCAACUAAUCCAGGAGAAUUACCCAACGAGCCUAUCUUCGUGCAGUUACUAAAGGUCUCCCGUCAAGUUGACCAUGUUAUUGUUCAUGAUGCCAACAGGGGAAUAACUGCGGACUUCACGCAAUUGCUCGCAGAUAUAUUGCAAACGCGUUGCUCUCUACGUGCCUCUCUUCCAGACUCUGUGCUGGGCAGCAACCGUCUUCUCAAAGAUACAAAUCCAUAUGUGUUGCUUCUACCAGAUGGGCACUAUGACUUCAUUAUUGGGGCAUAUUCGAUUCUCUCCAUUGGGGGUGCAUUUGUCCCGUUGGAAGAGGCUAUGCACAUCCUACGUAAAUGUCGGUCGUGUAGUAUCCUUGCGAGCCAAGCUCACCUACCCCUGGCAAGGGAAUUACAACGGAUCGCCGCCUCCGAGGGACUUGAGGUUACGAUUAUUCAGAUUCAGUCCCAGACUUCUGCUACUGAUAUGUUACUCUCGUCCCUUACAAUUGGUACAGGGUUGGUGAUACCAACAAAUUCUCCAGGUAUGGUGCUAUUUACGUCAGGUACCAGCGGACCCCCUAAAGGUGUAGUGCUGAAGCGAGAUAUCUUCUUCGAGCUCUAUACCUUAUGUGAGCCUAACGACAUCGUUCUCAGCCACAAGAACUAUAUUUGGAUUGGAUCCGCUCUGGCCCUUAUCCUACACCCAUUAGCAGGUUCGCGGUUAGAGGUUAUCUUUUCUGAUCCUCAAGCAAUAUGGGAACGGCUUCGCAAGGGUGGUGUCACUAGAUUAGCAGCUAACCCGUACUUAUGGAACAAUAUGAUGCAAUAUUACCAACAACAGCUACAGGGCCUCCCCCCUACCGAGCUGGAAGAGUAUGUUCGAGGUGCUCGCAGCCUGCGUGUUGCUCAAGUCGGGGGCGCGAUGCCUCACAGUUCAUUAUUGAAAUUCUGGCGGGACAUGGGCCGGCCGUUGGGGGUGAGCUAUGGCACUACAGAACUGGGUGGGUUAGGGAUCAAGCAUCAUGCUGGAAACGCGGAUGCUCCCGAGCGUUGUAUUGGAAAGCCAAGUCCGAAGAUGACUGUUCGGCUGUCAGAUGGGGACCAUGGGGAAAUACAGAUUAAAAGUCCUACUUUAUUUCUAGGGUAUCUCGACAAUGAGGCUGCGACGCGGGCUGUCUUUACAGACGAUGGCUUUUACCGCACAGGAGACUUAGCCCAUCUUGAAGGGGGUAACUACGUUUUGGAUGGACGGGCUACACAAGACUCAGCGAUAGUUCGUUUUGCACCGCCCAACACCUGCGGCGAUGGUACAAUCGAACAAUCGUUGCGGUUCCUCCGGACCAGCCUCGCUACUAAGUUACCUGCCUUUAUGUUGCCGACUGUAUUACGGAUCUUGCAGGAGGGAGAGGAACUGCCUCGCACUGUAUCAAACAAAGUAAUCAAGGCCAAGGUAAUCGAACAAUACUUCCCCCUCGCAGAUAGCUGGAAAUUUCCAGCUGAGGUCGAGCUGUGGCGGCAUGACGUGAGCGACAAUGGUCGUCCCCGGAAGCCCUGGGAUUGGGGUGGUGUUGCUCCCCCGAAGCCUCAUGUUCCGAUAGCUUGA